GAGGUGCGGCGUCGGUGCGCAUGCGGCUCGGCUUGGCUUUGCUGUGCUGCGCGCUCGCUGAGCGCGCCUGCGGUCUGGCGUCGCUGCAGCCGCCGCGGCUGAGCCGCCGCGCGCGCCGUGCCGCCGCGCCGCUGCUCCGCGAGGUCAACGUCGCGGACCUGCCGCUGCGGCCGCCGAUGGCGCCGGCGACGCUCGUGGAGCAUGAGCCGGAGGCGGCGGCGGCGGCGGCGGCGGUGGGGCCGGCGGUGAUUGAGGAGGGCGACGACGACGAGGAGGAGGCCGGCUUCGAGGAGGCGAGCGUGGUCGUGCUCGACGAGACGGAGGACGAGCGGAGAGCGAGAGUCAAGGCUGAGAUGGACGCGGCGGUCAUCGGCGACGCCAACUCCAAGGUUGUGAUGGAGCGGCUCAAGGGGCAGGAGGACGACGACGGCGGCCUGGCGGCCCUGCUCGGCUCCUUCCUCGUCUUCCUCGACCCGACCGGCACCGUGCGGCGGCGGCUGUGGACGCGCGCCGACUUCAUGCACAUCCACGCGGUGAGCGGGGCGUACUUUCUGUUCCUCGGGAUCCCGUGGCUGGUCUACUCGCACGUGACCAACGCGCUCGACACCUCCGUCCCGAUGGCCACCUCGGGCCCCUUCCUCACCUCUCUCCUCGUGGCCGGCCUGGUGAAUGCGCUGUCUGCGGUGCCUAUGUCAAAGUUCAACUCGAACAAGAUGCUCGACAUGCGCGACCUAAAGGCGAACGGGUUCACGUUCGGCGGGACCGGCCUGACCACCAUGUGCCUCUACAUCGCCUGGUGGUUCAGCGGCGACUACCCCGACUUCCUGCGCCCCUUCGAUAUUCCUAUCUUCCUGUUCUGGGCCCUCGUGUGCGCGGGCACGACGGCAAACUGGGAGGUGAUGCUGCAGCAGAACUUCCAGGCUAACGAGCGGAGGAGGGUCAAGGUCCCCGAGAAGGAGAUGCGCCAAAAGGCCAUCCUCUACCGGCUCGCCUCGUGGCCGAACCUGACGCAGCUCUCCUUCAUGUACUCGAUCCCGUUCGGGGGCGCCGCCUCGCUGGGGCAGGGCCCUGUGCUGCGCGCCGCCUGGCUGCAGCAGUGCACGGCGCAGUGGCCGAUGCAGAGCACGCCCAUGUACCACUACGGCAUCGCCUCGGCGAUGGGGUACGCGCUCUCGAUGUUUUCAGAGACGCUGCGCGACCGCAAGCUCGUCACGCUCGAGCAGGACUUGCUCGUCCUCAUCGUCGGCUUCACCUUCCCGAUGGUGUCGGUGCUGCUCGACGGGCUCACGUACGGAUCGGCAGUCACGAUCAGCCCGCCAGAGUACUGGGCCCUGUUUGGCUUUGGCCACCUCGGGUGAGCUAUCUGCUGUGAGAAACCUUCUUGCGACUCUAUCUGAUGGCGAGUUUUGGGGCUCACGUCGUGUGGGGCAUAGCUCUAUGGUGUGCGUCUCUGCGCGGGCCUCGCUUAGGCGCUCUCUCUAGAUACAAACGCGCGCGCCAUGUAUCUUA